UGUCCAUUGAGAGUCUGUCUGAGCGGAGAGAGACAGAGCAGAGCUGCUGUUUACUCCUGACGUAGCGGCUCGCCUCGGACACCACCGUGGAGGGGAUCGCGAUGUGAAUGAAGCCUAGAAAGAGAGAGGAGGAGAAGGAGGAGGAGAGAAUGCGGAGAGCUCGCGAGGAACCUAGCGGUGAUCAUGUGGGCGCCCUCAGCACGAGCAGCCAGGUGAACGUGGGCGCUUUCAGCCAGACACAGGCUGCUCACGCGCCUUCCCCAGGAACCACGCGAUGGAUGUGGAAGAAGCUCGUUUAAGUCGCGCGCUGUUUUGCAGCUGAGUGUUUGCAGCGAAUCUUUUUCUCGCGCACCUUUGUUGUUGGGCACUGACCAUAAACAGAAUAAGAAGGAGGAAAAAAAAACUUCCACGAUGGCUUUGGUCAUGGAACCUGUAAGCAAGUGGACAACGAGCCAGGUGGUGGACUGGAUGAAAGGUCUGGACGACUGUCUGCAGCAGUACAUCAAGAACUUUGAGCAGGAGAAGGUGGGCGGGGAGCAGCUGCUGCGCAUCACGCAUCAGGAGCUGGAGGACCUGGGCGUGUCCCGCAUCGGCCACCAGGAGCUCAUCCUGGAGGCUGUGGACCUGCUGUGUGCACUGAACUAUGGUCUGGAGACAGAACAUCUGAAGACUCUAUCACAUAAGCUCAACGCCUCCGCAAAGAACUUGCAGAACUUCAUAACGGGCCGCAGGCGAGGAGGCCACUACGACGGCCGAGCUACACGCAAGCUCCCCAACGACUUCCUCACCUCCGUGGUGGAUCUUAUUGCUGCUGCCAAGAGCCUUCUGGCCUGGCUAGACAGGUCUCCCUUUGCCGCAGUGGCGGACUACUCCCUGACCAGGAACAACGUCAUCCAGCUGUGUCUGGAGCUGACGACAAUAGUGCAGCAGGACAGCACCGUGUAUGAAGCAGAGAAUAAAAUCCUGCAUGUGUGUAAGACGCUGUCAGGAGUGUGUGACCACAUCAUCACGCUGUCCUCAGACCCCAUGGUGUCACAGGCAGCUCAUCUGGAGGUGGUGCAUCUGGACAACAUCAAAUCCACAGAGGGGCUGGGCAUGUACAUCAAGUCGACGUAUGACGGCCUACAUGUAAUUACAGGAACUACAGAAGGGUCCCCAGCUGACCGCUGUAAGAAAAUCCAUGCUGGCGACGAGGUCAUUCAGGUCAAUCAUCAGACAGUGGUGGGCUGGCAGUUAAAGAACUUGGUGAACUCUUUGCGUGGCGACCCCGCUGGGGUGUCUUUGACGCUAAAGAAAAGACCCCAGAGCACUCUCACUUCCGCUCCUGCCUUACUGAAGAACAUGAGAUGGAAGCCCCUGGCCCUGCAGCCCAUCAUCCCCCCCAGCCCCAGCAGCAGUGCAGCCACGCCCUCCAGCACCCUCAGCACACCAUCCAGACGGGACAGCUGCGCCCUGCAGGAUCUCUACAUCCCCCCACCACCAGAAGAGCCAUACACGCCCAGAGAGGACACAGGAACAGCCAGUGACAUGUCCCAGCAUGACGUUGCUAAAGGUUCAGAGUCACCGAACUCUUUCCUGGACCAGGAGUGUCGACGGCACUUUCCUGUGCUGGACGAGGAUGCGGUUCUCUACUGCUACGAAUACGACCAGAACCAGGGCCCUCCUCCUGUGCGCAGGGACAACACCCCAACAUAUGGCAGGCUGAGGCCCAUCUCCAUGCCGGUGGAGUAUAACUGGGUGGGAGACUAUGAAGACCCAGCCAAGCUGAAGAAAGAGCUGAGGAGAGAAAACUCCCUGCUUCGUUAUGUUGGUGAAGAUAAGGCGGGGCCUGACGAGUUCCUGAUAGGACGCAGCAGCAGUAGGCGGAGCCGGAGGAAGAAUGAGAAAGGGAGUAGCCCCUCCCAUUACGCCCUGGUCCCUGCUCUUCAAAUGGAGAUGCUGCGACAGGACUCAGUAACCACGCCCACCUCAGACACUUCUUCCAUUUAUCAUACAUUCGAUCAGUCUUCAGCGCUGUCAAGGUCGAAGAAGAAGUUAAGAGCUGGCUCCCUGUCCUCCAUCAGUAAGCGGCGGAUUUCGUGUAAGGACUUGGGUCAGGGAGACUGUGAAGGCUGGCUGUGGAAGAAGAAAGACGCUAAGAGCUACUUUUCUCAGAAAUGGAAGAAGUACUGGGUGGUGUUGAAGAAUGCAUGUCUGUACUGGUACAUCAAUGAGGAGGAUGAGAAGGCAGAAGGUUUCGUCAGCCUGCCGGAGUUCAAAAUUGAUCGAGCAAAUGAAUGCCGCAAGAAGUUCGCUUUUAAGGCAUGUCAUCCCAAGAUCAAGAGCUUCUACUUUGCAGCAGAUAAUGUGGAUGACAUGAACAGGUGGCUGAGUCGAUUAAACAUGGCAGCAGCGGCUCACUCGGAGCAGGAGAGGAUUCGGCAGGAUCAUGACUACUGGAGUGAGAGUGACCAUGAGGAUGCUGAUCAGAUGUCUCCGAUGCCUAAACAGGACAGCCCUCCUCCACCCUAUGACACCUACCCUCACUCUGCCUUACAAAUGAGCCCCUACUUGGAGCCCAAACAUAUCCGGCCGCCCUCCACCGAAACCAUCCAGCCCCGUUCCCCUCAUGAGGAAUUCCUCCCGGAGCCUCAGCGGGGAGGCAGCACGAGCGGCUCCAGCUCCCCUGGCCGCAAGUCAGCCAACCAACGGCGUUCGUGGCAGGACCUGAUUGAAACGCCACUCACCAGCUCUGGCCUGCACUAUCUUCAGACUCUUCCCCUCGAGGAUGCGGUCUUCCUGGACCCCAGCGGAGCUGUACCCGUGGAGUUACGACGGCAGGCCACUCUGCCUGCCCAGCGCGGUCCGCUGCCUGAGCGCUAUGGGCCCCCAUCGCCCAGAGAGCCAAGUCCACUCAGACAGCCAACCACCACUUCCCGUGGAGGAGGAGUGGGCAAACACCGCAGCUUCACAUUGCCCCGGGACAGCGGCCUCCAUGCCAUCCUUGCAGCCACUGCAGGGGCACCUGAACACAGAGAAGCCCAGCACUACCAGCUAGGCCAACCAUUCACCAGAGAUUCAGGUGUGGAGCGGGAGCGCAGGCAGCAGGCUGAUUCUCUGGGUGAUCUGUAUCGUGCUCUUGAGAGGGCCAAUCUGUCCCCUGUGAACGAACACAGGCCCUCUACCCGUCUAGAGUACAAACGCUCGUUUGUCCGUCGCUGUAACGACCCCUUACUUAAUGAGAAACUGCAUCGUCUGCGUAUUCUUCAGAACACAUUCAAGGAUGUCCCACUUCAAGAAGCAGAGACUAAGAUCAUUCAUCGAGAUGUGUAAGGAAAGCCAACGCCAAUCACCACAAGUAUAGCAGGAGAGUAGCCUAAAUAGCAUUGGACUAUACAUCCAUACUUCCCUCUGCCCAGUGUUCUUCCUCUUCAUCUCUGCCCCCAUGCUGAAAAUUCCUGCCAUAACUCUAUACUGUCUUCCUCCUUUUCUCAGUUCGUUUCCAUCAAAUGCACUAGUGUUAAUAUGUGGAUAUGAAGGCAUUAUUUGUACAUUAAUAUAAAGUCAUGGUCUGCUGAAACUGAAUUCUGUGUAUUGUAUGACUUGUAUUGACUUAAUAAGUACUGGCCUUUAUGAGAAGCCAAAUGACUGCUGCACUUCCUUUGAGCUCUGCUCCUCAGUCGUGACUGAAGAAGCACCUCUGAAGGGACUGAAUGAACAGAACUGCUGGUAUUGUUGUUAUUGAGCUACUGAUUCUAUUGUUAUUAUUUUCAUUUGCAUGGCCACAGUCAAAAGGUAUGAGUUUUGUAUGUGGUGUUUAUUUAAAGGUUCUUAACUGUAUGUGUAAAUUCUAGUUUGAAUUUAACUAACUUUUCUAAUGAGAAUGGACUGGAUGAGUGUAAGAUGUGAAAUGAGCUUGUGAAACUGACAGUGUGUGUGGAGAGAGAGAGAGAGAGAGUGAGAGAGAGAGAUAUUAGUGUAUACUACUGUUCAUAAGUUUGGAAUCACUUGUCAUAUUAUUAAUGUUAUAACAACUUAUACAGUUUAGGUUGACAUGUUAUGAAAUAGAUACCAACAUGUACAUUUAUGCAUUAUUCACAUUUUUUUUAAAGUAUUUGGGGAACAACUCAACAACCAAAAAUAUGCUAUA